CUGCUAUGACGGUGUCAUUUCUCUCCAUUACUAGUGUGUGAGCCACACACACUCAUACUCGUACUCCGUGGGGAGUUGCCUGCAUGGGGGAUAAGGCCCUAUCUAGGGCACAAAGAUGGAGUUCACAUCCUAUUCGUCAAGUGUCUAACACUCACACAGAUGCACGCACAAAUACACACACCUGGAAUCUCGUAUGUCAGAAGUGAAGAAUGAAAGACUGAAUGGAGAGAAGGCAUUGAACAUCUCAGAGAAGACACAAACGCCAGGCCAAGGCCAAAGAAGAUGUCCCAAGGGUGCUGAAAGGACGGAGGGAGCUGUUGUUUGACCCCCUCCCCCACUGGAGGUGUAUCGUAUAGGAGCCUCACCUUGUAAAGAACACUACCAAGAAAGCAGGGUGCACCUGAGACACCUAGAAAGUGUUCUACGAAGCGCCCUACAGUUGUCACCAUGAGCUGUAGGCUAGAGGGAACACCUCAGCUCUAGCCUCUAUCUCCUCCAGUGUGUGUGUGAGUGUGAGAGCGAGUGUGUGUAUGAGUGUGAUGGCGGUGUGUGUUUGGGCGGCAGCCCCCCUGCUCUUCCUGGGGCUGUGCCUGUGCAGCGUGGGGGGCCAGGCCCAAGGGGAGGUUUUGGAGUUUGGAGGUGUGUCCAGCCAGUGGGGGCGGUUUCCAGUGUGGAACGCCUGCUGUGAAAGUGUGCUGAGCUUCAGCCUGCGGACUCAUAGCCAGGAGGGCCUCCUGCUCUACCUGGAUGAUGAGGGCUUUUGCGACUUCCUGGAGCUGCUGCUUCUCCAUGGCCACCUCCGCCUGCGUUUCUCCAUCUUCUGUGCUGAGCCAGCCGAGCUGCAGUCAGGCGUGGCGGUGAGCGACGGGCGUUGGCACGCAGUGCGUGUCAAGCGGGACUGGAGGAACACCUCUUUGGAGGUGGACGGACGACUAGAGGGAUGGGCGGAAGUGAAGAGCAAGAGAAGAGACAUGACAGUAUUCAGCCACACCUUCAUGGGCGGGUUGACGCCAGAACUUCACUCCUCGCCUUUGCGCCUCACCUCCCCUUCGGUGCGGGAACACCCCGCCUUCCGUGGCUGGAUCACGACGGUGAGCAUCAAUGGUUCACUGGUGACGCUGGAUGGCUCAGAGGGCGUCACAGUAACGGCUGGCUGUGGGCCGGACCACCAGUGCCAGAAUGGAGGGGUGUGCAGCGUGGUCAACGACCAGGCCGUCUGCGACUGCUCCGACACCGGUUACCAAGGCAAUGACUGCAGCGAAGAGCACAGCUACACCCCAGGUCUGGCACACCUGAUGAUUGGCGACCAAGCUCGCGAGGAGUACGUUGCCACCUUCAAGGGCUCUGAGUACUUCUGCUAUGACCUGUCGCCCAACCCCAUCCAGUCUAGCAGCGAUGAAAUCACACUGUCCUUCAAGACUCUGCAGCGCAAUGGCUUGAUGCUGCACACUGGCAAGUCAGCCGACUAUGUCAACCUGGCACUGAAGAACGGUGCCGUGUCACUUGUCAUCAACCUCGGCUCUGGGGCCUUCGAGGCCUUGGUGGAGCCCGUCAACGGCAAGUUCAACGACAACGCCUGGCACGACGUCAAGGUCACCCGCAACCUGAGACAGCACUCAGGCAUUGGACACGCUAUGGUGACCAUCUCUGUGGACGGCAUCCUGACCACCACGGGCUACACCCAGGAGGACUACACCAUGCUGGGCUCUGAUGACUUCUUCUACGUGGGAGGGAGUCCCAGCACCGCUGACCUGCCGGGCUCUCCAGUCAGCAAUAACUUCAUGGGCUGUCUGAAAGAGGUGGUGUACAAGAAUAAUGAUGUACGGUUGGAGCUGUCUAGACUGGCUAAACAGGGAGACCCAAAGAUGAAGGUAAGUGGGGUGGUGUCCUUCAAGUGUGAGAGUGUGGCCACGCUGGACCCCGUGACCUUUGACACCCCAGAGUCUUACGUUGCACUGAGCAAGUGGACGGCGAAGAAGGCAGGAUCCAUCUCGUUCGACUUCAGGACCACAGAGCCCAAUGGGUUGAUGCUUUUCAGCCAUGGCAAACCCCGACAGCAGCAACGCAAGGACCCACGCACACCUCCCACAGUCAAGGUGGAUUUCUUUGCCAUUGAGAUGCUGGAUGGACACCUGUACUUGCUGCUGGACAUGGGCUCGGGAACCACCAAGACCAAGGCCAUCGACAGGAAGGUCAAUGAUGGAGAAUGGUAUCAUGUGGACUUUCAGAGGGACGGACGCUCAGGAACAAUCUCGGUGAACAGUGUAAGAACAGCGUACACGGCUCCAGGAGACAGUGAGAUCCUGGACCUGGAUGACACCUUGUACCUCGGAGGACUACCUGAGGACCGUGCUGGACUGAUCUUCCCUACAGAGGUGUGGACAGCGCUGUUGAACUAUGGUUACGUGGGCUGCAUCAGAGACCUGUUUGUGGAUGGACAGAGCAAAGACAUCCGGCGGCUUGCCGAGGCCCAGAGGGCAGUAGGGGUAAAGCCCUCGUGCUCUAGAGAGCCACCCAAACAGUGCCUGUCCAACCCCUGCCAGCACAACGGCAUCUGCAGGGAGGGCUGGAAUCGCUAUGUCUGCGACUGCUCUGGGACGGGUUACCUGGGACGCUCCUGUGAGAGAGAUGCGACGAUCCUGUCGUACGACGGCAGCAAGUUUAUGAAGGUGCAGCUGCCUGUGGCGAUGCACACUGAGGCGGAGGACGUCUCGUUACGCUUUCGCUCCCAGCGGGCUUAUGGCGUUCUCAUGGCAACCACGUCCCGUAACUCCGCAGACACCCUUCGUCUGGAACUGGAUGGGGGCCGUGUCCGACUCACUGUCAACUUAGACUGUAUCAGGAUAAACUGUACAGCCAGUAAAGGCCCAGAGACCAUCUUUGCGGGGUCGGGCCUCAAUGAUAAUGAGUGGCACACGGUGAGGGUAGUCCGGCGUGGCAAGAGCCUCAAACUCACCGUGGAUGACCAGCAACCUGUUGAAGGUCAGAUGGCGGGCGACCACACCCAGCUGGAGUUCCACAAUGUGGAGACGGGUAUUGUGACGGAGAAGCGCUUCAUACCUGCCGUGCCCUCCAAUUUCAUCGGCCACCUUCAGGGCCUGACGCUGAACGGCAUGCCGUACAUCGACCUGUGCAAGAACGGCGACAUCGACUACUGCGAGCUCAAUGCUGUUAUCGGCUAUAAGAGCAUCGUGGCUGAUCCUGUCACCUUCCGCUCGCGCUCCAGCUUCGUCACGCUGCCCACGCUGCAGGCCUACUACUCCAUGCAUCUCUUCAUGCAGUUCAAGACAACGUCCCCCGACGGCCUUAUUCUCUUCAACAGAGGAGACGGCAAUGACUUCAUAGUGAUAGAGCUUGUUAAAGGAUACCUACAUUACAUCUCUGACCUGGGCAAUGGGGCUCACUUGAUCAAGGGCAACUCUAACAGUCCUCUCAAUGACAACCACUGGCACAACGUGCACAUAUCCCGAGACACUAACAAUCUCCACACGGUCAAGAUUGACACCAAAGUCACCACACAGACCACCCUGGGUGCCAAGAACCUCGACCUAAAGGGUGACCUGUACAUUGGGGGCGUCUCCAAAGAGAUGUACAGAGACCUGCCUAAGCUGGUCCACUCCCGUGAGGGUUUCCAGGGUUGCCUAGCAACAGUUGAUCUAAAUGGCCGGCUCCCUGACCUUUUGGCGGAUGCCUUGGCAACCGUGGGACAAGUGGAGAGAGGCUGUGAAGGUCCCAGCACUACCUGUCAGGAAGACUCCUGCUCGAAUCAGGGCGUUUGUUUGCAGCAGUGGGAGGGCUUCACCUGUGACUGCAGCAUGACUUCGUAUGCUGGGCCACUGUGCAAUGACGCUGGGACCACUUAUAUCUUUGGGCGUGAUGGAGGCAUGGUGGUUUACACGUGGCCCCCUAAUGAACGUCCUAGCACCAGGGCAGACCGGCUCGCCCUUGGGUUCAGCACCCAACAGAAACAUGCCAUUCUGCUCAGGGUGGACAGCGCAUCUGGCCUGGGAGACUACCUUCAGCUGCAGAUAGACAAGGGCAACAUUAGAGUAGUGUUUAAUGUUGGCACUGAUGACAUCAACAUCGAGGAGAGCUCCAAGUUUGUCAACGAUGGGAAGUACCACAUAAUUCGGUUCACCCGCAGCGGAGGCAAUGCAACCCUCCAACUGGAUGACCUACCUGUCAUAGAGCGCUAUCCCUCAGGCAACAUUGAUAACGAGCGCCUGGCCAUCGCCAGACAGCGAAUCCCCUAUCGGCUCGGUCGAGUAGUUGACGAUUGGCUACUCGACAAAGGCCGCCAGCUGACCAUCUUCAACAGCCAGACGACGGUGCGUGUUGGUGGAGGAGAGCGGGGUGCGGGCAUGUUCCAGGGCCAGCUUUCUGGCCUCUACUACAAUGGCCUCCGCAUCCUCAACAUGGCCGCCGAGGGGCACCCGCACAUCAGAGUGGAGGGCAGUGCGCGACUGGUCGGCGACAUGCCGUCCUCCUCCAUCACCCCGCAGUCCAGUGCUGCAGCUGGAGGCAACCGCUCUGACUCCGCCCCCUCCAUAAGUGACAUCACAACCACCACGGCCACCAAUCGGAAGCAGGGCGCCACACAGCAGUCGGCAGACGACCUGCUGGUGGCAUCGGCUGAGUGUCCCAGUGAUGAUGAGGACAUUGAUCCCUGUGACCCCAGUUCAGCCCGUCCUCCCCUGCCGGAGGUGAAGGUGUUCCCGGGUCCGUCUGAGGUGGUGCGGGAGAGCAGCAGCACCACGGGCAUGGUGGUGGGCAUCGUGGCGGCGGCCGCCCUCUGCAUUCUCAUCCUCCUUUAUGCCAUGUACAAGUACCGCAACCGUGACGAAGGCUCCUAUCACGUGGACGAGAGCCGCAACUACAUCAGCAACUCAGCCACGCAGCCCAACGGCAGCACCAAGGACAAGUCGCUGGGCAUCGCCAAAAUCUCCAAGAACAAGAAGAACAAAGAUAAGGAGUACUACGUCUGAGGCGGAACACGUCCAACACACAGACAUAUACGCAUACACCUUUAUAUAUAAUGGUAUAUGUACAUAAAUAGAUAUAUUCUCAAAAAAAAAAAAAAAAUACACACAUGCACACCGACAUAGACAUGCUGAUGUUAAUGUUUACUCUCCAGUAAUCACACCUGCACACAUGCUGGCAAGCACAGACAUAUACACAUUCAAGCACAAACAUACACUAACAUUUAAGCACAGACACACACACACACACAGACUGGCCCAAGGGCAUGGACCCUUAUUGUACAGUAUUUACCAAUGAGCAGAGCCUCUGAGAGAGGCUUGUUUUAUGAACAUAAACACCAUUCCAAAUGAUUUAGAAAGCACCAGUUCAACUCCCAAUUAAGAACCAUUUCGGGGCCAGCCAGAUAAAAAGACCAAUCACUCCCCUGCCACAGUAGGACCUCUCCAGUUGGACUCAGAGAGGCCAAGGAAGAUUUUAAGUGAAGCAAAUGGCAGACUGAGUGUGUUGGGCGAGAGGCAGAGUACAAGAACAAAGAUGAUGUAAAAGCACCAAGACAAGCACUAAGUGUCUCUUCCAAGCUUCUUGGCCUUCCUCCCUGUUAGCAGACGGGACUCACUGAAGCACAGAGGAUGCUGAAGAAACAAGCACACCAACGGUCCAAGUCUAAUCCCAAGCAACAGGACAGGAAAUCAGGGUGUAGCCAUAGGCGCAGUGAAUUACGAGUGAAUAGGCAGAGGCAGGGCUGGUGCCGUUAAUAAAACGGAUGGGCUGUGGUUGUUACGCUGCAGAACUGAUGUUUUAUGGUGGCCUGUAAAUCACGAAGGUGGAAUCAGCGGAAAACUGAGAGAUAUUUUCCUGGACAGGAUACUUGAGACUUCAGAUGCUACCUACAGACACCAGUCGGUGUCACACACACACACACACAUACAACACACGUGCACACACACUAAAAUAUUAACAAUUUACACAUGCAAACAUAACACGUACCUGCAAUGCUAAAGACCCACCAUAUCUUCAUAACUGACUCUCAAGACUAUACAAGAAGACAAUGGUGAAAAUGACAAAGACCUUUAUGAUAAUUGUUAUGGCAAUGAUAAAGAUGAAAAUGAAGAACAUUUGGGCAGUAUAGACUCUUU